CCAGAGCUCCGCAUUCGACAGUGCCGAAUACAAGAGCCGGAAUCAGGUCCGGACACGACCAGAGGGGAUAUUUCUUUGCCAUCUUGCUAUUAAUGACGGCUGGACGUAGAAGGAUUUCUCCGGCAUCGUGGAUUACUGAAUUUUACGCUGUUCCAUUUUACAUCAAGCAGCUAUAUGAGACUUCAGCACCGGGUAGGUAUCUUCAGCCGUUAGUAGUUGCACCCAAAUCCAGUCAUCAAUCAACAUGGUCGAUCUUCACAGCCUCCCGGAGGGCUCAAGGCCAUCUCAGGCUAUUCGCAACAAUGGGCCGGAUCAUUUAGUCAUUGAAAGACUCAAGCUUAGAGAAUUGGCUGAGGGCUGGCCUUCUUACAGGGACGCCUGCGAAUGGGAAAAUUUUGAGUCGAUUUUCCACCCUGGCGCCUAUGUAUACACUACUUGGUCUGGUCGUGUUUUGUUCUCGGAUUUCAUUGCUGCUUCUAAGGCGGGGAUGGAUAAAGGCGCCUUCAUUAUGCACCGAUGCCACGGCUCCACGACAGACAUCAACAUCGAGGGCACAUUUGCAGUGACUAAGCUGAAAGCCACAAUCACCCAGCGCUUCGAUAUUGAUGGCGUUGAGUUUGAUGUCGAGGCCGACUGCCGGUUCUGCUUUUUCUUUGAAAAGGUCGACGGCCGAUGGGGCGCCCGAUUGGUUCGCCACUGGUACGAGAAGGACAAGGUGAUUCCAACGAAUCCGGCCAAGGUCCCGGUAAUAGAUGAGGAAAAGCUCAAGACUUAUCCGCCCGGAUACAAGUAUCUCGCGUAUUUUCAGGAAACUACAAUGGGUGUUGCGGUGCUUGGGGAUAUGCCGGGGCAUCGACGUCAUGUUGGGACUGUAAAUCUCGAUAAGCAUGAUCUCUUGUAUUGGCAGGCGAAGAGCUGGGUUGAAGGAAAGGGCAUCGAUAUUUAGACGCUCCCAGUUAGUUGCAGAAAUAAAACACAAAGAUUCCACUUCCC